AUGUCAGUUAAAAGAAGAGACCAUAUAUUAAUUCCUAAAAACCCAGAAGCACCACUUCCUUCAUUAAAAAUAGAAGAAGUUGGAGAAUGUACUAUUGACAAUAUUUAUGCAUCACCAGAACCAUUUGUUAAUGGUAUGACAAUGAAAUUAUCAGCAGUCAAAAAUCAUGGAAUAGAAAGAGAUAGUGGAGAAGUAGAACUAGCAGGACCAAUGGAAAAGAUAUUUUACAAUCCUGAAACAACAAAAGUUGCCAUUGUAACAUGUGGAGGGUUAUGUCCAGGAUUAAAUAAUGUUAUCAGGGGGUUAGUAUUGAAUUUAUAUAAUCGUUACCAUGUAAACAAUAUUUAUGGACUAAGAUGGGGAUAUGAAGGACUUGUUCCAGAAUUGUCUGAAGUACAAAGACUAACACCAGAAAUAGUUAGUGAUAUUCAUCAAAAAGGAGGAAGUAUAUUAGGAACUUCAAGAGGGGCACAAAGUCCAGAGGUUAUGGCACAAUUUCUUAUAGACAAUAACUUUAAUAUUUUGUUUACAUUAGGAGGAGAUGGUACAUUAAGUGGAGCAAAUGCAAUCAAUAAAGAAUUAAGAAGAAGAAAAGUUCCAAUUACUGUUGUUGGUAUUCCUAAAACAAUUGAUAAUGAUAUUUGUUAUACUGAUUCUACAUUUGGAUUUCAAACAGCUGUUGGACUUUCACAAGAAGCUAUUAAUGCUGUUCAUAGUGAAGCAAAAUCAGCAAAGAAUGGGAUUGGAAUAGUUAGAUUAAUGGGAAGAGAUGCUGGAUUUAUUGCAUUAUAUGCAUCAUUAGCUAAUGGUGAUGCUAAUUUAGUAUUAAUUCCAGAGAUUGAUAUUCCAAUUACACAAAUAUGUGAAUUUGUUGGUAAAAGAAUAAUGUCAAAAGGACAUGUUGUUAUUGUAGUAGCAGAAGGUGCAUUACAAAAUCAAAAACCUAAAGACCUUAAUUUAGGAACAGAUAAAUCAGGAAAUAUUAUUCAUUGGGAUUCAAUCAAUUAUUUGAGAGACUCUAUUACAAAAUAUUUAAAGUCUAUUGGAAUUGAAGAACAUACAAUUAAAUUUGUUGAUCCUUCAUAUAUGAUUAGAUCAGCUCCUUGUAGUGCUGCUGAUGCCCAUUUUUGUAUGUGUUUAGCUAAUGCAGCAGUUCAU